GGAGCGGCAAUCAGCUGAUCUUUCCAUUACAGUCCGACAUGUUCGCGCGAAAGCUUGUUCGUGCUUCCUCCCAACUCGUGCCUGUCUUCCAAUCCUCUCCGAAGGCAGCACGGACUUUAACCCAGUGUAGAUAUGUGUCCUCCCAACAAAGCUAUGAGCCUGAAUAUGACAUUGUGGUGGUGGGAGGAGGCAUUGUGGGCAUGGCAACCGCCAGGGAACUCAUCCUGAGACACCCAGAGCUCAAACUGUGUGUUGUUGAGAAGGAGAACAGAUUAGGUAAGUAUAAAUUAUCACCAUCAUAAUUUUUGUAUCUUAAU